AUGAAGAAAAGUAAAAAAGUUGAGAUGCCGACAAAUGAAUCAGAUGUUGAUUCCGAAGAAGAGCUGAACCCAGAAAAACAUAAAGAAUCUCUGGAUAAAUUAAAGAAAACAGACCCAGACUUUUACAACUUUCUUGAAGAAAAUGACGAAAAUCUCUUAAACUUUGACGUAGAGUCGGGCGAUGAUGAUUCAGAGAAAGGCGAUGAGGAUGAAGAUGAAAAAGUGCAUUUACCUGGACCUCUUACUGGGGACAGUGAUGAAAGUGAUUUUGAGGAUGAAACUACUAAAUCUGCGCGAGGUAAAGUUACACUUAAAAUGGUUGCACAAUGGCAAAAUAAACUACAAACUGAAGGCAAAGUAAAAAGAACUACAAUUGUGACUGUAAUUAAAGUAUUUAAUGCAGCAAUGCUACGAGCAACCAGUGUAGAUGGUACCUCAACUGGAGAGUUUAAAGUUGAAGGUUCAUCUGUCUUCAACGCUGUUAUUCAAAUGUGUGUGCUGUAUUUACCUUCAGCCCUAAAAAGCUAUUUAGGAAUGGAACAGUCUGGUAAAGAUCCUCAGAAAUGCAAAAACUUUUCGAAACUGAAAGGGCCCUUAGUGGCAUAUCUUAAGGAUUUACUCAAACUCCUUGGCGGAGUCAGCUCAGAGAACAUAUUGACUGUUAUGUUAAAGCAUCUGCAUCAGAUGUCAGUUUUUGUUGCCUGCUUUACAAGGGUAUCAAAAAUGGCUUUGAAGAAGCUUAUAUCAUUAUGGUCAACUGGCGAAGAAACUGUCCGAGUGCUAGCAUUUUUGAGUAUACUUAGAAUUACGAGGAACCAACAAACAUCAUUACUGGAUUUGGUUUUAAAAGCGAUGUACAUGACAUAUGUGAAGAAUUCAAAAUUUGUGAGUCCCUCUACAUGGCCAGGAAUCAAUUUUAUGAGGAGAUCACUUGUGGAAAUGUUUGCAUUGGACCUGAAUGUAUCCUACCAAUAUGUUUUCCUUUACAUCAGGCAAUUGGCAAUCCAUUUGAGAAAUGCUAUAGUGGUACAGAAAGUGGAGAAUCGACAAGCUGUUUAUAAUUGGCAGUUCAUUAAUUCACUACAUUUGUGGGCUGAUUUGAUAGGAGCUACGUCAAAUAAGCCUCAACUGCAGUCAUUAUUGUACCCGUUGGUGAUGGUCAUAACAAAUACCAUUAAAUUGGUACCCACUCAUCAGUACUAUCCAUUGAGGUUCCACUGUGCUGAGAUUCUGAUCAAUGUGUCUAAAGACACUAAUACUUUCAUUCCUAUUCUACCCUAUCUAGCAGAGGUGUUAACCUCGUAUGACUUUAACAAAAAACACAAAAAAGUGUCAAUGAAGCCACUGGACUUUUCUUGCGUUCUCCGUUUGGCAAAGUCUCAGUUAGCCGAGAAUGGUUUCAAAGAUUCGGCGAUUGAUAGAGUGUAUGGUCUUCUGUUGGAAUAUACGGCCAACCAGUCGCAUAGUAUUGCCUUUCCGGAUAUCACUUUAUUGGCUAUAUUACAGAUAAAACAAUUCCUCAAGUCAUGUUCUGUUGCAAAUUAUACAAAGAAAAUAAGACAGUUAUUAGAAAAAAUAGAAGAGAACUCCAAAUUUAUCGAGCGGGAACGAGCCAAAAUUAGCUUUGCAUUAAGUGAAGGAAAAAUGGUUGCCGCCUGGGAAGCAAGCAUUAAAGCGAAGGGGACACCCCUUAUCGCAUUCUACGAAAACUGGAGCAAAAUAAACAAGAUACAGAAAAGGAAGAGAGUGACUAAGAAUGAUGAAAUUGCUGGAGAGAUGCCUAUGAUCAAGAGGCCAAAAAUACCCGAUUCGGAGGAAAAACCGGAACCGAAAGGUCCGCUUGUUCUCUUCCCCUCGGAUAGUGAAGAUGAAAACCUUGAGAUAGAGGAAGAAACGUCAAAACCUAAAAAUGUAAAGAAAAAGGUUAAAAAACCGAAAAAGGCAAAGGAUGUGCCAGUCAACGUACAAGAUAAAGGGGAUGUUGUACAAGAUCUAAGUGUUAAUGACUGGUAA